AACUUGGCUGUUUUUUUUUGUUUGUUUUACACUAAUGUGGAAAAUGUUCGCGUUUAUCGUUUCUGUUAAAGUAGUUGUAGUUUUGAGUAUGGGGUAAUCUAGGUGUGAUCUGAUGUUUUGUGCAUUUAUGUCGGUAUUUUGUUAACUUUAACUAUGUUUUUUAAUGAGUAAUUUAAAAACUGACAGGUUUAGAGGGUACUGACAACGUGCUCACGAGUGUGAGUAAACACUUGUAUACAAACUGUAUCAGAUACAUAUCUUUCUCAUACCCUUUACCUCCGAACCAUUUGGGUAGUAUUGCCAAAAAUGGCUAAGGAACGUUCCUUUUUCCAGUCUGAAACUGAUUUCUGUCCAGAGUGUGGCACCAUUUUGCCACUGCCAGGCCUGAAGGACACCGUUGUGUGUAGGCGCUGUAACUUUAGUAUUGAUGUGCAUGAGUUUGAAGGAAGACCUAUCUUUUCCGCGGUUAUUUUUAACAAACCAGGUACUUUCUCUGUGCAAGAAGAAGAGGGUGAGCUAAAGGGGCCUGUGAUUGAUAGGAAGUGUAGUCGUUGUGGUCAUGAGGGUAUGGUUUAUCACACCCGCCAGAUGAGGUCAGCUGAUGAAGGGCAGACUGUUUUCUACACGUGCACAAACUGCAGGUACCAGGAGAAGGAAGACUCAUGAUCUUGGCUCACAGGGUUUCACAUGGAGCAGUAUUCAGGUCUACCAGCAACUGAAAGACGUCCCCCUUAAGCGAAGGAUGUCAGCAUAAUUUGAAACAAACCAAGAUGCAGCUCAUUUUCUGAUCUGAACUGUUAAAUUUGUAGUCCUCCUGUAUCAGAAGGAUGAGACGAGCCUUGAGCAGCAUAUAAAAAAAAAAAAACUUUGGGCAGUGUUACUCGUUUUUUUGUAACUAGAAUUACGUGAUUAUUAUUGAUAUGGAAAAAAAAUGCUUUCCUGUCUUUUUUUUAUUUGCAUUAGUUUGAAAAUCACAGACAUAGCUAGCAUUGAGCAA